AUGGGUGACUCAAAUCCAAAGCCCUCGUUGCUUCCCGAGCCGGGAAAGCAAAGCGUUUUAAUCACCAGCGCCCUGCCAUAUGCCAAUAACGUCCCACAUCUUGGCAAUAUUAUUGGCAGCGUCCUUUCUGCAGAUGUAUUUGCUCGUUUCUGUAGAGCUCGGGGUCUGCCAACAUUAUAUAUCUGCGGUACCGACGAAUAUGGUACGGCUACCGAAACACAAGCCCUUGCAGAAGGUGUAGAUCCGGCAACCCUUUGUUCCAAGUAUAAUGCCAUUCACCGCGACAUCUACUCCUGGUUCAAGAUCGAUUUUGACAUCUUCGGUCGCACACCAACUCCCCAGCACACUGAGAUUGUCCAGGAGAUGUUCACGCGACUUUGGGAGAACGGUUUUAUUGAGCAGCGAGAGACGGAGCAAGCCUACUGCCCCGCACAUUCUUCCUUUCUGGCUGAUCGCUUCGUCGAGGGUGAAUGCAGCUUGUGUCAUGCAGCGGGUGCUCGUGGAGAUCAGUGCGACGCCUGUGGAAAUCUCUUGGAUCCCCUGGAACCAAUUGAAGAUGCUAAAGCAGAAUCUGGAGAGGACAGAAAAGCCACUGGUUGGCUGGUGAAUCCCCGUUGCAAGCUUGAUGGCGCAACACCCGAAAGACGAAAAACGAAGCACCUCUACCUCCGCUUGGAUGCGUUGCAGCCCGAGAUCAAGUCUUGGCUCGACAAUGCAAGUAAUAGCCAUGAGUGGAGCUCCAACGCCAUAGCCAUCACCCAAUCGUGGAUCCACGACGGGCUCAAACCCCGUAGUAUUACGAGAGACCUCAAAUGGGGUGUACCGGUUCCUACCAACCUCCCCGGACUAUCAGGGGAUGAUUAUGACAAGAAGGUUUUCUAUGUUUGGUUUGAUGCCUGCAUUGGCUAUCCCUCCAUCACAAAAUGCUACACAGAUAGGGAUGACCCGUCUGGCAAAAACUGGGAACGAUGGUGGAAGAACCCAGAUAAUGUAUCUCUUUACCAGUUCAUGGGCAAGGAUAAUGUUCCUUUCCACAGCAUUAUAUUCCCCGGAUCUCAGCUUGGUACAAGAGAAAAGUGGACCCAAGUUACCAAGUUGUCAACCACAGAAUAUCUCAAUUAUGAGGGAGGAAAGUUCAGCAAGUCAAAAAGCGUUGGUGUGUUCGGAAACAGCGCGAAAGAUACUGGUGUGGCAGUCGAUGUAUGGCGAUAUUACUUGCUCUCUAGGCGUCCAGAGACCAGCGAUUCUGAGUUCAGUUGGCGGGAAUUCGUUGAUGCCAACAAUAACGACCUGCUGAAAAAUCUCGGUAACUUCUGCAAUCGUGUUGUCAAAUUCUGUCAUGCGAAAUUGAAUGCUGUGGUGCCUGAUUAUCGGACCUAUAACGAUCCUACCGGUUCUUUUCAGCAGCACAAGGAGGAAGUAAAUGGUUUACUUCAAACAUACAUUACAAACCUAAAGGGUACCAAAUUACGUGCUGGUCUUUCCACGGUUCUUAGUAUAUCUGCUUUGGGAAAUAAGCUACUGCAAGACAAUAAGCUAAGCAACCAGCUUCUGUCCGAAGAUCCAGAGCGCUGUGGCGCUGUUGUUGGUCUUGCUCUUAAUCACCUACACCUCAUCGCGAACAUCGUGUUCCCUUAUUUGCCAGAAACCGCGAAUGGCAUUCUCGAACAGCUAGGCGUCCAAGGUUCUGGAAAUGAUCGGUUUUCUAUCCCAGAUACUUGGACGGCUGAUGUCAUCCCGCCUGGCCAGGCACUCGGAGAACCAAAGCUACUUUUCACACUUAUCCCUACGGAGAAGGCAGACGAAUGGCGUGAGGCUUUUGGUGGUGAAGAGCUUCGAAAGCAAAAGGCUAUCGAGCAAGAGAAGGCCGCAGCUAAGAAAGCCGCGAAGGAAAAAGAGAAGGAACGUAAGCGACUUAAGAAGUUAGGUCUUGCAGGUGGUGCUAAGGGCGAAUCAUCACAAGGACAGACAGAACAACUGCAGAAGCUUAGCAUUACUGAUAGUGCAGAAAGUCAACCUGCACAGGAAACACCUAAUUAA